AAAUCUAUGCAUGCAUUUACUGCGCAGCGGACGAGAUCAUGACACAAGCCAGCUUUGCUUUUAGUUUGUAUUUGGGACUCAGAUGAAAAAUCUAAUGAAACAGUAAUUGUGCAGUUGCACACUUUGGGUACACACGCUGUGUUGACAGAUCCAAGGCAUAGAGAAAGAUGAGUUGGUAUGGAGACGAGUGGAAGGAUGGGCUUUCUCACAGAGCCCUACAGGAGAUCCAAAAAAUGGAAUCCAAUUUGGAGAAGCUGCGCAAGGAACAAAAGCAGAAGCAGUUCCAGAUGGAAUCUCUUGAUGCUGCCUUGAAAAAGCAGCAAAAGAAGGUUGAAGAGGAGAAAGCACAGUAUGCAACCUUGAAGAAAGAAAAUCACAGUUUAUCAGAAGCAUGUGACGAUGUGGAGAAGAAGCGUGAUAGGCUGGCCCAUGAUCUGCAGAACAAGGAAACCAUGGUAGCCUGCCUGAAUGGUCAACUUUCUCACACCAAGACGCAGCUAGAGGCUGAGCAGUCCAAGUCAACCCAGCUCAAGAAUGAGAUGGAGAAGGCACAGAUGGAGGCCAAUGAGAUGACCAACAAGGUCGAGAAACUCUCGCAGGAUUACAGAAAGCUCCAGGAGAACUGUAACCACCAGCAGCGCCAGCUAGAGACCCAGAAUGAGAAAUUAAGGGUUGCUAAGCAAGAUAAUGGACAGGCAAAGAAAUCACAAGGGAGCUCAUCCGAUGAGGAUAUAACCAGUGAUCUCACACAGCAACUGAAGGUGAUGAAAGCAGCCAAAGAACAGGAGGAGCAGAUGCGCAAACAGCUAGAAAAACAGCUUCAAAAUAUUCAAUCAAAGAUGGGAGAGAGUGAGGCGUCCCUUGCUCAGAUAGGCAUGCAGCAGCAGCAAUGUGCCCUGGUCAGUGAGUCCACUCCAGUCCAGGCAUUGCCUAUGAAGUCUACGGCUGCUGAUGAUGCACUACUCAAAGAGAAGCUUGCAGAGCUUCAGGCCAUGGUCAAUGACCUGAAGAAAAAGAAGGAGGUCAUUACCCAGGAGAACCAUAAGCUGGAGCUGAAGGGUCAGGCUACGGAUAAGGAGCUGCGAGACACCACAGCACAGCUGCAGGAAGCCAAGAAAGACAUUGGUGAGAUGAGGAAAGAUGCAGAGGACAGAAUCAAGAUCCUGGACACCAAACAAGUUGAGAUCAACAACCUCAAGGGCAAGAUUGAAGAAGGCAAACUUCAGCUGAGCAAUCUGGAGCAGAAGACCAAGUCUAUCACCAAGGAACUGGAGUGCCAGCGCCACAACGCAGAAGCCGCCAGACAGGCCCAGGAGCUGCGCUUCAAGGAACGGGAGAAGGAGCACAAGCAGGAGGCAUCCCAGCAGAACCAGACCCUGACCACCAUGGACAAGCAACUCAACGAGGUCAAGGCCAAAUCCACCCAGGAGGUCAAUCGACUGGCCAAGGAAAAGGACCAGCUGGCUGCGCAGAUGGAGAAAGCUACCUUUGAGAAACAGAAGUUGGAGGCCGAGCUCAAGGAAUUGCAGCAGAAGGUACAAGGAGCAGAUCAAACUUUGAGGAAUCAUGAUCAAGUUGUUGAGAAACUCAACAAGAGCAUUGAGAAUCUAAAGAAAGAAAAAGAAGGCUUGGUGUUCAAGACGGAACAGAGUGACUGCAAGGUGAUGCGAGUGGAAGGAGAAUUGGAAAAAGCAAAACGAGAAGUCCAGCAGAGCGAAAAUGUCAACAGCGACUUAAGAGGAAAGAUGAUGGAGAAGGACCUUGACAUGGAAAGCCUAGAGUCCAAAUGUGACAAUCGUGUGAAAGAGAUCAACAACCUGGUGGAGAAUUUGAAGAUCCAGCUGGCAGAUGCCAAGUCCAAACACGACUCUGCCAAUGAACUGGCCAAGAAGGAGGGGCAGAAGGCAGAGAAGCUUGAGAGAGAAAACCAGCACUUGGAGAUGGAGAAGAACAAGACGGGAGAGGAGAUAAAGCAAAAAGAGGAUGAGGUGAAGAAGAUCAAGUCAGAGAUGGCACCUCUAGAGAAGAGCAUGAAAGAAGCCAUGGCACAACAGAACAUGCUUCUUGAAGAGAAGAAGAAAAUGGAGAAAGAGCUUGACAAGAAAGACAACAGGAUUGCAGAUUGUGAUUGCGAAUUGGAGAAGGCUAAGAAUAGGGUUGAUGAACUGGAGACCAAAUUCAGAGAGAACCAAGCAAAGUGCGAGAACAUCCAACUCCAGAUGGAUCAGAGGGACAAGAUGGCAAAAGAGAGCAGUGCAAAGAUGCAGGAACUGCAAAUUGAGCUGCAGAAUGCCCAGAAGAGUAACGAAGGAAGAGUCCAAGCACUAACCAUGGAAGUCUCUUCCCUGAAUGGUCAGAUUACUCAGCUAGAAAAGGACAUUGAUUGCAAGAAUGCUGCAAUGUGUGGACUAGAAAAAAAUAUAUCAGAGGUUCAAAACAACCUCACAACCAGCAAUAGCAUUAUCAAAAGAAAGGACGAGGAGUUGUCUGCUAAGCAGUUGGAACUUGAUGCAAUAGCUGUUGAGUUGAAGAAGACAGUUGCCAAUUUGCAGGAAGAGUUGAAGGAAUCCAAGGCCCACUUGGAGAAACUUGAGAAGCUGAAGGAUGACAUGUUGGCAGCAAAGUCAGAAGCCCUUGGUGCUAAAGAGAGUGAGGUGUCCUUGCUUGAGGAGCGGCUUGCCAAGGCAGAAGAAGAGCUGAAAGGUGGAGAGACCAGACUGCAGGAGAUGCAAGAAAGUCACAAGGAGCUGAAGCAGAAGGUUGACACACUGAGCAACGAGAAAGGCUCACUGUCCUCUGCACUUGAGACCAGAGCUGAGGAAGUGCUGGCCCUGCAAGCUGAGCUCAAAGACAAGACCACCAACCUAGAGGCAGCCAUGCAAACACUGAGACAAGAGAACCAAACACUCCAGGAUAGUUACAGGAAGGCUUGUGACCUUGCAGACGACAAGGGUGCAGAGGUAACAGAUCUCUUUGACAAGCUGCAAGCUUCAGAGGAUGAAGUGGGGAAGCUGCGAGACAGAAUCGCGAUGACUGAGGAAAGCAUGAAGAAUGCAGAAUUUGCUAAUCGGACUGCCACAAACACCCUGAAAGAGGUGAACCAGCAGCUAGCCCAGAAGGAAGCUCAGCUCUGCUGUCUCCAAGAAGACCUAGAGAGUUUGAGUGCUGCACUUGAAGAACAAGAAUCGCAGUUUAAAACUACUCAUGAGGGCCUGAAAGAAAAGCUGGAUAAUCUUCAGACUGAAAAGGAACAAAAGGACACAGAACUCCAGGAUCUUGCUUCAAGGUUUGAUCAGUCAACUGAGGAAGUUUCAAAGCUUCAAGAUGAAGUGGAAAAUCUCAAGGAGAGCAAAGAACAAGCUCUGCUACUUGGAGAAUCCAAGAACAGGGAAGUCGAGGAAUUACUACAGCAGCUGGCAGCAAGCGCAGAGAAGCUAGAUGAGCUCUCAUCGCAUGCUGAGAAGGACACGACAUGCAUCUCUGAAUUGGAAAAGACAAAUAAUAUCCUUGGGGAACAGUUAGAAGUUGCCACAGAACUUGGAGAAUCCAAGAACAGGGAAAUUGAGGAAUUACUGCAGCAGGUGGCAGCAAGCGCAACACAGCUAGAUAAGCUCUCAUCACAAGCUGAGAAGGACACGACAUGCAUCUCUGAAUUGGAGAAGACAAAUAAUAUCCUUGGGGAGCAGUUAGAAGUUGCCUCAGAACAGCUCAAUGUAAGAAAGGAUGAGAUAGAAUCCAUCCAAGCUGAACUGGACAAGCUCCAAGCAGUCCUCCAGGAACAGACAAGAUCUUUUGAAAAGCAGAUUCAGGAACUUGAGGCUUCAAAUUGUCAACUCUCAGAGAAGGUUGAACAAGCAUCAAGUAGUACCUCCAAGAAGGAUGAAGAGAUUGCUAGCCUUGAAGCCAAGGUCACAAGCCUGGAGCAGGAUGUGGUCAUCCUCGCAGAAGGAGCUUCAAAACUUCAAGAAGAGAAGGAAUCAACAGCAGAGAAACUCAAAUUACUUGAGAUGGAGACGGAAGACAGCCAAAGUUUACUAAAAAUAAAAGGUGAUGAAGUUCUUUGUUUGGAGAAGGAGCUCAAUGACUUACAGGAAAAGUUUGAUACAGCCGUCGGUAAAUUGGAGAAGAGUCUUGAAGAGUCAACCAGGUGCAAUGAAGAGUUCACCCUCAAGUUUGAACAUCAGGAACAGCUUGUAAGUCAGAAAGAGGCAGAGCUGAGUCAACUGGCUUCAAGGGUGGAAUCAUCGGACCAAGAGCUAGGACAGAUGAGAGUAAGUGUGAAUGCAAACAUAGAGAGUUUCAAAGACCUUGAAAUGACGCAUGCUGAGCUUUGCCGUCAACAUGAUGAUGUCAAGGAGCUCAUGAAAACAAAAGAAUCUGCUCUAGAACACCAGAGCCAGGAGCUUGAUGAAUUACACAGUCUCAUAGAUAAUAGAGAGAGGGAAAUGGAGUUGAAGGUCAGGGAUCUUGAGAGCAAUGUCUCAUCUGCUAACAAUGAACAUGAAAUGUUGCAGGAUGUUCUGAAGAAGAGGGAAUCUGAGGCAGCGGAACUCUGUGGGGAGUUGGAAGCACUGAAGGAUACUACCGAGCAACAGAUUUCCACAUUGCAGAAUAGCCUCUCGGACAUAGAGGGCAAGCUUUCAGUUGCUGAGACGGAGAAUGAAAAGAGUGCUGAGCUCUUGAGAGUUAGACAAGAAGAAUUAGCUGGACUAACUCAGGCUUUAGACGGGUUGAAACAGGACAAUGAAAGACUCACUGGAAUGACGCUGUCUUCUGAAAGUCUGGAGCAGACUCUACAGCAGACUAUUGAUGAAAUGAAAACAACACUGAAGGAAACUGAGAAGAAUGCUGACGAGACGGUCAAGAACCUGCGUCAAACUGUCACAGAUCAGGAAAAAUCUCUCCUUGCAAGUCAAGAAACUCUAGAUUCAAUUCAGUCUGAAUUAAAUUCCGAGAAAAACAGCAGGGAAGAGCUGCAGAAGGAGGCUGAUUCAGAAAGAGAGAACCUAAUGACUCAAAUCCGAGAGCUCAGAGAUAAUAUCAAUGACAUUGAAACCGAGGGCAGUGUAUCCCAAGAUGCCCUAAAAGAGACAGUGACAGCUUUAGAGCAAUCCAAACAAGAACAAGUUUCCCUGGAAGAAAAUAAAACAGAGUUGGAGAAGACAGUUGAAGUCCUUACUCUGAAGAUGGAAACCCAGAAGAGACAUCUGGAUGAGCAGGGCAAUAAAAUAUGUGACUUGGAUCAACAUCUAAAUGACAGGGAAGGAGAGAUAGAAAGGAUGCAGAUAGAAUUGGAUGAAGUUGAAGAAGGACUCUCAAACAGCCAGAGGAACAUGCAUUCAGAACUAGCAUCGAAGGAGCACGAGAUCAAUCUGCUGAGAGAUGAACUGACGGACGUCAGGGAGGUCAGAGAGCUAAGGGACGAAGAGAUCAUGAAGCUCAAAGAUGAACUGGAAGAGAAAAAUACUGAGAUGGAGUCCCAGAAUGAAAAGCAUGCCCUGUACAAGCAAACAUCAGAGAAAGCCAUGCUGGAGCUGAAGAAUGAACUUGAUGAAACCAGUAUUACAGUGACAGAGUCUGACAUGAAAGUCAUAGGCCUGAAUGGGCAAAUUCAUCAGUUGUCUUCAGAACUUGAUGAAACACGCAGUGAGCUCCAGAGGCAGGCAGAACAGCUUGAGAAUGUUAAGUUCUCAUUAGAGGAAGCAAGGAGUGAUCUUUCACAGGCCAAGUCAACGCAUGUUGAACUAGAGCUGAAGAUAUCAGGACUAGAUGGAGACAAAUUUCAGUUGGUCGCAGAUCUUGAAGAGAGUAGAGAACUUGUGCAAAGAAGAUCAGAUCAUUCAGAUGAUCUUGAAAACAAACUUCAAGAAGAAAUCACAGAGUUGAAGAAGGAGAAUCAUAGAUUGAGAGAUGGCUAUUCUGAGGUGCUUGCUAAUUGUGAAAGAGUCAACUACAUGGCUGAAGACUUACAGACACGGCUGGAAGUUCAGGAAGGUGAACUAAAAAAACAGGUAGAAAGGCGGGAAGGUGAACAUGCGGAGCAAGAAACUGUUGUGAGAAACCUGGAGAGGCAGCUUGCAUUCAAGGAAGAAGCUCUAGAGACUCAACAGCAGAGGAUACAAGCACUUGAAGAAUCGAGGGACGGUGAAAAAGGCUGCUUCUUCGAGACUAUUGCAGAGCAGGAUGAGGAGAUGUCUAAGUUGAAGGAGGCCCACACUACAGAAGUAGAUUUACUUCAGAAACAGCUUGAGAUUCUAAGAGAUGAGCAUGCACACCUUGUAGAGGUUGAAGCUGAAAAGGUUGCAGCAGAACACACUAGACUGCAGAAGCAUCUCUCUGAUCAGGAAGAAAAAGUAGUUAGCCUUGCAGGUGAGCUACAAGACAGCAAUGACAAAAUGAUCAAACUUCAAGCUGACAUGUCUGAGGCAACCACUUUAAUAGAAUGUCAUGAGGAGACUGCUCAGAAAGCUAAGCAGCUUCACAACGAGUCUGAUGCAAAGGUACGUGCUGCCAAGGACCGUAUUGAGGCCCUGCAGGCUGAACUCAGAGAAAUGCAUGAUUCCAUAAUGAAAGCAGAUAAGGAUUUCUCUGAAGUUCGUGCUGAACUGGAAUAUCAACUGCAAAACCAGGCAGAAAAGGUGACCAAACUUGAACGCGACUUGGAAUCUACCCAAAGAAAGCUCAGUGAUGUUGAAAGUGCUGAGAAGGCUGUUAAGGAAGAACUACUGAGUUUGAAGAUGAAACACUCAAAUGAUGAAGGGACUUUCACUUAUGAAAAAGAAGAUUUGCAAUCAAAGGUGAUUGCCUUGGAAACAGAAAAGGAAAGCCUCAAUGUCAAACUUACUGAUCUGCAGACAGAAUUGACAAAUGUCAAGCAAACAAAGGAAGAAGCAGAGUAUCAAAUGCAUUCAGCUCAGUCUGAAUUGGAAGCAGUCAAGUCAAGAGAAGAGAUGGUGGAGAGUGACAAGGCUUUCAUGCAGAUACAGAACUCAGCUCUUGAGGAAGAUGCUCUGCAAUUCCAGGAAAAGAUCCACUCAUUAGAAGAGAAAGUUACAAAGGCACAGAUGCAUGUGCAACAACUGAAUGAAAACGACAGAGCUGUGAAUGUUGUUGUUGAAGAUCUGAAGCAGAAGCUGGAAACAGUCAAAAACAGCAAGCAGAUGCUUGAAGAGGAACUUAGGGUUCACAAAGACCUUGUCUUAUCUCUAGAGAAUGAACUGAGAGCUGUGGAAAAUAAGCAUGAGGAAAAUUUCUCUGUGGAACAACGACAAAAUAAUAUGGUUACAUCAGAAAAUGAAAAACUUGCCAAUCAACUUGUGUCAAUGGAGACAGCAAAUCAAGAGUUAAAAGAUGUCAUUGCAGAAUUACAAGAAAGGAUUCAAAAUUACCAGGGAGAUCUGACAGAAAAGAAUGGAACCAUAGAAUCAACAAUGGCAGAACUUGCUGAGUGGAAGCACAAGCUGACUGAAUUAGACGAGAAUCUAAACAGAUCUGCUGAAGAAAACAAUAAAUUGAAUGAGAAGAUCACAUCAUAUUCGACAGAGAAAGACGUGCUAGAAUUGCAGGUGGUCGAACUUCAAGAAGUUGUAGAGAGCCGAAAGGAGGAGAUUGUAUCAUUGAAGAAAGAGAUUAGUGACUUAGAAGGUCAGAUGGAUAACAGGAAGAAAGACGUAGAAAACAUGGAACAAGACGAAAUGGAAGCCUGGACUAAAAUUGCCGAGAAGGACAAGGAGAUAGCUGAGCUGAGGGAAGAAAAUGAGGCCCUCCACAACCAGAGAGAAAACCUCCUGGUCGAGACUGGAGACAUGGUGCAGGAUUUGGACUCCCUCCAGACCAGAAAUGAUGCUUUGAAGAAAGAGACAGAGUCUCUUCAGAUGCAGCUUAGCAGUAAUGAAUCAGAGAAACUUCAGAUGAAUGAGGCCAGCAAAUCAGAGUUUGAUCAGCUCUGCGAUGAGAUCAGUGACCUCAAGGACGAGAUCUGUGCCAAAGACCAGGAAGUCACAGAAGUUAAGAAUGACCUCAUGCAAUCCCAGGAGGAAGCAAAACAUCUCAUGUCAGGGAUUGAAGCUGCCGAAGCCAAGUUAGAAGAGAGCAAGUCCAUCGAAGAGGUUCUGCAAGCCGAGAAGUCUGAGUUGCUAAAUGAUCUGAAGCAAGCUGAAGAAAAACUGCAUCAGGUAGAACAACUCAAGUGUGAUGUUGAGAGAAAUCUUGCAACACUUGAAGAUGAGAUGAGCAAGAACAAAGACAAUGUAGAAAAUGCGAUGGCUACACAUGUCAGGGUGCUUACAGAAGCUAGAGAGGAAUGCGAGCUUCUGAUGAUCAACAUCUCCAAAGAAAAAGAAGAAAAGACAAAUUUGGAGCAGAGUUUAGCUAAACAGGAAGCUUUGAAUAGGAAGGAGCAAGAGUAUAAGGAAAUUGCAGAGAAGAGUGCAGAGGAAAAGGAUCAGAUUAUAGAUGGCUUGAAAGGAGAGCUAAAGAGCAUAGAUCAGGAGCUGAAAGAGGCAUCAUCUGGGUUGGAAGACUACUCCCAAGAGGUGACCGCCCUCAACGAGAGAAACACUAACCUUCAGGUCGAGAUUGACAGCCUUGCGUCUGAGAAGACCCAGCUUUCAGAUGUGGAGAUGACUCUGGCUGCAGAGAUUCAGAGCCAGCAAACCAAAGGCUCUGACCUGGAGAAGAGGAUCCAGGACCUGGAGACGGAGCUUUCUACGAUGGAGGAGAAAUACAACACUCUGCUGGAGACACAUGCCUUCUUGGAGACGGAGUCUUCUCAGUUCCAGCCUGAGAUUGAGGAGAAGGAAAAGACCAUUGAAACACUCCAGAAGAGCAUCCAGGAUAUGGAAGGCUCCAAGGGCGUGCAUGAGCAAGCUGUCAGAGAGGUAGAAUGGAAGCUGGCAGCUGCUUUGGACGAAGGAGAAAGUAGAAAGUUGGAGAUUGAAGCAAUGGUGAGUGAGAAGCAGGAUGUGGACAAACAGUUGCAACAGAUGUACAGCGACCUGAAGAAGGCCCAGAGAGACCAGAGUAUGGAGACGGAAGCUUACGAGCAGAGGUUGCAAACAGCUGAAGAGGAGGGAACAGCUAAGAUAGAAGAUCUUAAGAAACAACAUACAAAGACAGUGGAGUCCCUCGAGAAUGAGUUGGAGGAGGCCCGCCUGGAGAAUGAAGCUAAGAUGGAACAAACCAGAACCCUGGAAUCGACUUUGUUGGAGCUCAGGGCAACUGUAGAUGACCUGAAUACACAACUCACCCAUUCCUCUCAGAUGUGCAAGAAAUAUGAAGAGGAGGUGAAUUGCUUGAAAGCAGAGUGUGAGGAACUCAAGCUCCUGGCUGAGAAGUCAGACCAGACCGUAAAGAACCUGGCCCUGAAGCUGAAGAAGGUCGAGCAGGAGGCCACGCCAAACGACUGUCUCCAGGCAGACAUCAAGAAACUGGAAGCUACCUGCGAAAAGCUGAGAGACGAGCUUGAAGAAGAGAAAACGGAGACGGUCAAUGCCCUUGAGAAGCUUUCCAAGGUCCAAGAGGAUUCCAGAGCUGCAGUAGAGGUUGACUCUAAGAGAGUAAAGAAGCUGGAGAAACAAGUCAAAGAACUGACUGCAGAUAAAGAAUCAUACCAGGGCAAACUGCAACUGUCUAUGACAAACUUCAAGAAACUACAGAAAGACUUUGAGGACCUCCGUAAAACCAACUCUGAUCUGGAGGCUAAGGUCGGCAGUAAUGCAUCCUCAGACAGCAAAGAAGAAAUUCCUGCCCUUGAAAUCCUUAAAAAAGAACUUAAAGAGAAGGAGGAGGAGCUGGUGUACAGUCGGAACCAAUAUAUGAAAGCGAGCAGUACCAUUAAACAAGAGAAAAGAAAAGCAGGAGAUUUUAAACUCAAGCUCCAAAUAGCAUGUAAGAAAUAUACUGACUUGAAGGAAGAAAAUGCAAAGCUCAAUAAAGAUCUCAAGCAAUUAGUGCAGAAAAGGGAGGCAAAGCUGCAGGCACCCGAAAACAAUGUUAGUCCAGCUGCAGCUGCAAAGCACACUGUUCCAGAAAUAAAUAAAGAUGAAGUUGCUCCGGUGCAGGAGAAACAAAGUCCAAGCAACAGACGUACAAGACUGUCCACAAAGAGACACAGUAGUGUCAAAGAUGAGAAGAGCAUUGAUGCUAAGAAAAUCUCCAUGGAGUCUGCUGCAGUUGAAUUUGCAGUAAGGGCUGAAUCCCCCAUCAAGAAAGUACCUUCAAAUACCAACACCACAUUGGCAGCAUCACAAGAAAGGCAAAUGGAGACCACAUCUGAGACCACAUUUGCAGAGUCCAAAAGCCCUAGUCCAGGACGUCGAGUGACAAGGCUGUCAAAGAGAAGGUAUUCCAGGGACCCGUCCACAGAUGUUGGUCUUCAGGACGAGGAGAGCACUCAGGUUGGCACAAAGCGUCUUAGGCAUCUUAGUGGGAGUCAGGAGGCCAAGAGGAGCAAGAAUGAUCUCCCAAGUCUAACCGAAACAGAGGAAGAGGUCUCUAUGUCACAGUCUGGUUUGAGCACCAGGUUGAGAAGGUCAGCCAGUCAGAACCACAUCCAGGAGAGUACUGCUGCUAGUCAGAGGUCCACCACCCAGCAGCAUUCCAGUAGCCAGCCACGUUCCACCCAGGUACCCAGCAGUCAGGGCAGUGAGGAUGGGGUGUUUAACACGUCUAGCAAGAGGGUCACCCGCAGCCAUCUCUCUAACCUCAGUCUCAGGGGUCAAAGUGGCAACAAGUCGGCCUUGACCACCAUUACCAACAGCCCACUGAAGGAAAGUAGGAGUAUGGAGUCUACCAAAGCCAGGGAGCUUGCCAUGACAUCUAGAUCCACAAGGGAUGGAAGAGGCAGAGGAACUGCACAAGGUGUAGGGACUACCGAGGCCCAGAAUGAUGACGAAAACUGUCAGAUACAGUAAACACACACUCUUACACACUUCUGCAUCUAAAAUGUUGGUAGUACGCAUCAUGUAGGUGGCUUGACAUUCAAGUCUUUGUUGUCUUUAUUUGUAUCUUGAUUCAACAAUCGCCGGUGUGCAGCUAUCCUUGAAUUUGCACAAGACAAUCUCUCUUUUUAUAUAUAUAGCUGUAUAUUAGUAUGAUAAUGAUCCUCCGAAAUUUGGACACUGUACAUAUAAACAUGCGUCGUGCUGAAUAUUUUACAAUACAACUUCACAUAUUUUAGCAUGACAUCAUCUGCACAAUGUCAUCAUAAAAAAGUUAUAAUUUCCUAGCUGUGUUAUUGCCCCCCCCCCCUGUAACGUUAGCUGUUAACGAAGUGCAAACUUGUUUGAAGUGAAAUUUCAUGUCUUUCCAUUUUCCUAUAGAACCCCACCUCCUGAAUAAUAGAUAUAUAUGUGUAUGUGUGUGUAGAAACCUCAUAGUCAUGAGGUUUAUCAAUUUGUAUUUCCAAGCUUCAUCGUAUCCAAUUGAAAUUUAAAUUUUACAACGUGUAGUUCAUAGUAUGUGUAGAUAGAAUUUAAGAUGAAGUCAUUUAGUUGAUGUUUGUAGCCACGUACAUACUGAUCCAAUGCAUUAGUAUAUACCUGUUUGAGAAAUUUAAAAAUGUACUACAUUUUAAAUUUAAUAACAAAUAUUGUUUAAAAAGAAGAGUUACAAAGAUAGAUGGCAAUUUUGUGUUCAAUAAUGUACCAUAAACCAUUGAUUAUUGUGCUUGCCUCCUGCAGUGCUACAAGGCAGUAUGCAAAUUAUGUUUUGUAUGAUGUUAUUUUUGUAUAUAUACACUGUCUUUUAAUGAGGUUAUCAGCCUGUUCGAGACAGUUUCAUUUUCACUAAUCACAGUCAUACACCCACACUCAAUGCUAAUGGGUGUGUUCAUGAAUUAAUUGCAACUUAGUCCUUGGCACUUUUGUUUUCUGCCUUGUUGCCAAUUCUACUCUUAAUUAGUAGCAUGAAUGCUUACUUCGAUCUCAGCAGUGAUACAUUCUUUCAAUGAUUUCUUUCUGUUCUUUACCUUGCCCUGAAUGAAAACAUGUAGUAUAUAUAUCUACUCCGUAGACAUAGUAAUUAUGAAAAUGAAAUCACAUCAAUAAUACUGAUUUCUAUAUUGAUGUCAUCUCAAGCAGUUGUAGCAGCUUAACUUAUAUUUCACUAACAAUAACGAUAAAUGAAUUAGCUAUCUAGAAGAAAAAUAAGCUUCAGACAACCAGUUCAGUUGUUAAUGUGUCAAAGAAAAACAAAAUUCUAAGUGACGUACCUGAUAUUGAUACAAGUAACAAUUUUACAUGUCUUCACAUGAAUCACAAGUCAUGUCUUGCGAAAAUGUUCUGUGAUUAAUGCAUAUCUAACUUACAUUUAUUGCAGUCUAGAAUCAACAAGAAUGUAUGAAUAUCUCUUAUCGGUAGACACUUAUUUUGUAAAUAGAAGAAUAUAUAAGUUUACUCCUUACCGUGAUGUUUUAGUUUUGGAAUAUUUUGGUGUUUUACGUUGUGUCGUCAUUGUGAAUGCGUUAUGUUAUACAAAUACAAAAUGACAAAGAGCUUCUAGUUGAUGAGGAAGGAGGAAUGGUGAAGAUGAUGGGAAAGAGUUAAGACGUAGGUUUUAUGUUUGUCUUACCUCGUGUCUCUGAAUGAUGAUACAACAUUGUAUUGCAUAACAGCUUGUUCCUCCUGUAGUCGCUCAAAUCAUCUGAUUCUUUGGCAUGUCUAACAUAGCAUCAUAUCAUAUUGUUACAAUCUGCUAUGCAUGGAAUUUCUUUGGAAAUGGGAGAACAUCUUGAGGAAUAAUCAUAAUCAUAAUCAUAAUCAUUUUAUUUGUGUUAUGUUGAUAUUGUUUAAAAUAAUUAUUGUUUAUUUUGAUAUUAAUGUAUUGACUAUUGAUAGUGUUUCAUAAUUAUCAUUAUGUGCUGCAUCCUUUUCAUAGAGCACUUCUAUGCAUAUGUACACAAAAUGGUGAGUGUGGUAGGGUCGAUAGUGCUGUAGAGAUACAUAUGUACUUCUCUAUUGGCUAUGCGUACUUUCGUGCAUAAGACAUGAUGUAUGUUUGAAUACCAUUUAUAAUAAAUUGUACCUACCUUGCUUGUUAUUUUCCAUUUAA